CCGGCCUGGGACAAAGUUCCCUGGGCAGGCGGCGGCUUCUCGGAGCCGCUUCAGAGCCUGUGUGGGGUGCAGAGAAGACCCUCCCUGAGAGGUUUGAGGCUGCCCGCUGAGCUCCCCUGCCAUGGCUGACACCAUCUUUAGCAACGGGAACGACCAGUGGGUGUGUCCGAACGACAGGCAGCUGGCGUUGAGGGCAAAGCUCCAGACAGGCUGGUCGGUGCACACCUUCCAAACAGACCGGCAGAGGAAGACCCAGGCGCUGAACGCAAAGGAAAUGGAGGUCAUCCUGGAGGUCAUCCGUAGGGCGGAGAAAAUAGAUGUUACUGAGCAACAGAGGAUUGGGCGCCUGGUGGAGCGGCUGGAGAACAUGCGGAAGAACGUGAUGGGGAACGGGCUGUCCCAGUGCCUGCUCUGUGGGGAGGCCCUGGGCCUUCUGGGGAGCUCCGCUGUCUUCUGCCAAGACUGCAAAAAGAAAGUCUGCACCAAGUGUGGCAUCGAGACCCCGGGCCCCCAGAAGCGGGCCCUCUGGCUGUGCAAGAUCUGCAGCGAGGAGCGAGAGGUCUGGAAGCGGUCCGGCGCUUGGUUCUACAGAGGGCUACCCAAGUUCAUCUUGCCCUUGAAAAACCCCAGCAAGCCCCCAGAGCCGCUCCGGAGGCCUCCCCACGUGGGGCCGCCAACGCCAGACGCCAAGGGCCUGUCUGCAAGCCGCUUGUAUACCUGGGCCAGAGGAAGAGUGGUUUCCAGCGACAGCGAGAGCGACUCUGAAUUCAGCUCGUCCAGCCUGGAUGACCGGUCCUUAGCGGCAGGAUCGAAGGGUUUUAAGAUCAGACAACACCGAGCCGAGCUGGUUUCCGGUAGCGAGGCUGCCCGAGGGCCCAGCAGAAGUACCAGCCGGGCCUUGGGGAGCAUCCCGUCCGAGAGCCAGAGCAGCCUGGGCAGUGAGCGAGGUGGAGGCCUGAGCGCCACGGAGAGCUACCAGAGCGACCUGCUGGCUGACGACGACGACAGCGAAGCCCACCGCAGCGGCAUCACUGGGAAGCGGCGUCUCCCGACAAGCCCCUGGUGCUGAUGGGAAAGAAGCUCCUUGGCGGGACCGGCCUCUUGGGCCCGACUGGCCACGCGGGACUUGGCGUGGUGGUGGACCGGAACUCUGGGCGACAUACGGACCCGCAGCGGCCUUGAUGAUCCGAAGCCGCCACUGCGGAGAUGGGGCCGUGGCCGUGGGCGUCUGUCUGUUGCGCCGUUGUGUGUUGCUGCUUUGCUGCCCCGACAGAGCCGGCGCUGCUGGGGUUCUGAGGAGCCCCGGGGCACGCGGAGGCCUGGUGUGACCCUCUCCAUGAAAGGAUCCUGACUGUGAGCGUGGAGAUCCCGCCGGAGGAACGUUUCGUGGGGAAAGGCAGCGUCACCGUCCGCCGGAAAGGGCCCUCUGGCUCCUUGCGCAAGCUCCAGAUGUUUCCCGUGCAUUCUCUCCCCCACCUGUCGUCCCCCUGCCCUGAUGGACUCCUCCGAAAAAGCACCGAAGGGGAUGGAUUCAGUUGUGUGCCAAGGGUGUGUGUGUGUGUGUGUGUGUCUCACGGCUUCUCCUUCCAGGAUUGGGGGGCGGGGGGAGAAUUGAAGAGGGCAAGUCAGCAGUCGGCUUGGAGAGGUGGUGGUGGGAGUUGGGGACGGGCGGGGUGCCCAAGAGCCCUCCCCGGUACAGAAGAGGGUCCCUCGUGGCAGAUGAUCUGGCUGGAGAGGUGGCAGCCAGGGAACUGUGCCUUUUCUUGCAGCCUGGAAAGGGUUGUUCCUCCAAGGGGAGGGGGAGGGAGGCUGGGGCUUCUGGCCGUGGGGCAGCGGUGCCAACAGAAGGCCUGCAUUUGCCCUCAACCUCCAGCCAGUGAGUGAGCAAGCUCCGUUGCAGAGCUUACGUGGGUGAAAGUGGGAAGGGAUUUGACAGCUCUUUGGGCUUCUGGUUGCCUGCUGGGGGCUGCUGAUACCGCCCAGAAGGCCAAAGCGGCCCCUCCUGGAGGAAGAGUGACAUUUGUGGGACCGACUACCUGUGGAAUGACGUCUCUCUAGCUUCCAUCUGUCUUUGCUUGUGCUGACCGUGGCUGGUACUGGCCCCCCCCCCCCGCUGAAGUCUACCCACCACCCAGAAGGGGUGUUCAAGUGGGUCUUCAUCACCAGUUAGUCCCGGGAAUUAAAAAGCACACUAGAGUACGCACGUGCCCCCUUGCCUCUCCUUUCUGGCAUAGCCGACCAGGGAGCACCGGAACAGCCCCGACACUCAGACGGGGACGCAAUCACAGUGAGGUCGAAAUCGAGAACUUCCUUUAAAUGCCACUGCAGCAGUAGACGGAGGGGGGUGGAGCGUGGCCAGUCGGUUAGGAACAUAGGAAGCUGCCAUAUCCUGAGCCAGACCCUUGGUCUAUCUAGCUCAGGAUUGUCUUCACGGACUGGCAGCAGCUUCUCCCAAGUUGCAGGCAGGAAUCUCUCUCAGCCCUAUCUUAUAUGAUGUACAAACAACCACUUUGUAUAUAAUUGUGCUUUGGCAACGUAUUGUAUGCUUUGGUAGUUUGUUGGUUCAAUAAAAAAAACCUUGUCCUAUU